AUGAAGGACCAAACACCGGGGGUAAUCGCAGGUGCUCUGGAAUGUUUGAUUUAUCCAGCAUAUGCUUGGAAUUUGUGUGACCAACAACAUUUUACGUAUUAUUAUUGUGCGGAGGAUAAAGAGUGCUGCCAAGUAGAUGGAAAUUGGUAUUGUCUUAAUGAAACACAAAGUAAACUUGGAUGCAGUUUUAUUAGUUAUUGGACAAGUCUGUAUAAAACUAAUAACGAUUGGUUGACAUACACACCGAAACCAACACCUCGCUGUCGCACUGGAUCAAGUUCUUCAAGUUUCAGACACACAUACCGUUUUAUAAGGCCGUUGUCAAAAUUCAGAGGCAGGUGUAACAGCAGAUAUACAGUAAAGAUACCAAGAAGACCAUACACAUAUACGACGUCUAUUCCACGCACAACAAGACCGACUACAUCUUGGUAUAGAAUCAGACAUCGAUACAGAAACAGAAACAGAUAUACAACAAGCAAAACAUCUACAAAGGCGGUGACUGUUGCAAUUCAGUACACAACAAGACCAACGACAUAUGUGUAUAGAAAUAAACAUCGAUAUAGAUAUAGACAAAGAUAUGACAGCAAAACUUAUACAAAGGCGACUAUUGCUAUUCCGCAUACGACAAGAAAACCAAGAUCCUCAACAUACUCUACUAACUCGAGAUAUAGAAGCCGAAAUUCCGACACAAAGAAGACACCAUUUAUUGGUUAUAUACUAGGAUUUGGAAUACCAUUGGCAGUUGUCUUAGCGUGUUUUGCAACUGUACAUUUGAAUGCGACGUGUAAAGAUUUAACCAGUAUUAAGAAGAAAACUUCUGAAGGCAUGAUAUUACAAAAUUCAUCAACACCACAACUGGCAAAUGACAUACCAGUAUACGCUGCUGCGUGUGUACGUUUGCAAAACGGCAAAUAUGAUACAGUGAUAGCAUCACAAAGGCAACUGGCUGGUCAAUUUGGUGAAACGGAUAACAAUGACAGCGUUUAUAGCAAUACUGCAAAGUUUCUCGAUGGCUAUGAGACUGAAUCAGCGUUAUGUAGCAUUGCAGGGAAUGUUCACGAAACAUCGGAACAUCCAGAAAAUAAUCCAACUGUUGAUCCUCCUACAUACCAAGAAGCAAGAUGUUUAAAUAAUUGCCUAUAUGAAACAUCGUUGUAACAAUUGCAUUUAAUGUGUAUACCAAAAGUAGUAUCUCCGAAACCUGUAUUUGAUUUACUUUUAGUACGCAAACUUCAGAUGUUUGUUUUCAUCGGUCAGUUUGUUAACAACAAUUAACAGGAGACAACUUGAAAACUGGUCAAAAGUACAUUAUAAUUAAUUUGUAAUAAUUUCUUAAUCUUUAAAAUGUAUUCUAACAAAAAUUUCGUAUUUGAAUAGUCCCUAAUUUUAUUAUCCUAAUUGAAAGAAUUUUUCAAUUGUUUUGUUGUGCUUCAUACAUUGUCAUAUCCAUCCUAGAUCUGGAUAGAUCACAAUAAUAUUUUAUAUGAUGGAAUAAUUAUCAUAAAAGGAUACCAAAUGCACGGAGGUCGCAAUUUGACAUUAUAGGCAAAAUCAAUGAAAUUAAUGUAUGUUGAAACUAAAAAAGGUACUGUUAACCGGGAAAUUUUCGCGCCGUCUUUUUUUCGCGAUUAACCAAGAAAAUCUAAAUUCGGGCUGUUUUGAAUUCGCGAUGUCCAGGUGUCCUAUUUAAGUUUUUCAGAAACGACUCGGAAACUGUACAGUUUUACAUGUAUUUAAAUCAAGUGAUACAUUCAGAAAUCCUUUUUGUCGGUUCAUAUUUAAACUUAUUAGUCAUGUUUGUUUUAUAAAAACACAUUCACAACAAACAGAAAGGAAUGACCUAAUUAAGAGUGAACUAAAUGCUGACAGGAUUACUGCUAUUUAAUUAAUAUUUUGAUCGUAUUGAUCCAUACAGCAGAUAGACUAAGGUAAUCAGUUUAAAACUGAUUGAUAUGUGUCAUUUGCAUAAAUUUAACGAUAGUUGUUUAUUUAGCAAUAUCCGUAAUGUCCAUUUGCUUGAGAUGUCUUUCAUGUUAAUUAGACUAACAGGAGCUAAAGUUGUGAUUUCAGACAUUGACUUUCAAAUAAAGUUAGUUUUGUGGUAUAGAUCUGUUGUCUGUUAAACUUAUCCUAUUGAUAUACGGUCAUGUAUGAUCACCUUUGUGUUCGGUUUUCCUUGAAAUAGUCAAAGUCGUUUUAUUUUUGCGUUUCAACUCUUACCGCAAAAGUAGCGAAAACAAAACUGCCGCUAAAAUUUCCCUGUUUACAGUAUCUUAUGCAAAAACAAGAGCUUUUCAUAUCCAAAUACGACAGUAUUUUUUUCUUCUUCCGAUACUCAAAUGUACUAGUUGUAUAUGUAUUUACAUUGAAAGCAUUAUUCAUUAAAACAAUAUUGUUUUA